CCCGCCCGCUCCCGGCAGCCCUCGAGCGGCGCGGGGGCCUCGGAGCACGGCGGAACCAUGCCGAAAUCCAAGCGGGACCGCAAAGUGUCCCUGACGCGGACGCCCCGCAAGGGGCUGGAGGCCAAGCAGGCGCUGAUCGCCGAGCUGCGGCGCUGUGUGGACACCUACAAGUACAUCUUCGUCUUCUCCGUGGCCAACAUGAGGAACAACAAGCUGAAGGAUGUGCGGAACGCCUGGAAGCACAGCAGGAUCUUCUUCGGGAAGAACAAGGUGAUGAUGGUGGCGCUGGGCCGGGAGCCGAGCAGCGAGUACAAGGAGAACCUGCACAAGGUCAGCAAACACCUGAGAGGGGAGGUCGGGCUCCUCUUCACCAACCGCACCAGGGACGAGGUGGAUGAGUGGUUCUCCAAGUUCCGGGAGCUGGACUUUGCCCGUGCUGGGAACAAGGCGCCGUACGGGGUGAGCCUGGACACGGGGCCCCUGGAGCAGUUCCCCCACUCCAUGGAGCCGCAGCUGCGGCAGCUGGGGCUGCCCACGGCGCUGAAGAAAGGAGUGGUGACGCUGCUGUCGGAUUACGAAGUGUGCAAGGAAGGGGAUGUUCUUACCCCGGAACAGGCCCGUGUGCUGAAACUCUUUGGCUACGAGAUGGCAGAGUUUAAAGUCACCAUGAAGUUUCUGUGGAAUUCUGAGACGGGAGACUUCCAGAAGCUCGUGGGAGACGCAGCAGAGGAGGAGGAAGAGGAGGAUGAUGACGAUGACAGCAAUGAGGACUAACACCUUGGACACCAGACAGUUCUGUUCUAGGGACAAAAAGAGGAGGAGAUUUCCCUUCCCUGGGUGCACCCGGACUGGGAUGAUCUUUAUAUAAAAUAACCUAACGAUGCUUUUUUUAUAUUUAUAUAAAUAUCUAUGUCAAACUCCA